GAUCUGUUGAGUGUGGCUGUGAUGGGCGACUUAACCAACCACCGACGACACUACUCGCUGGUGUCCAUGUCAACAGCAAUCAUUUAAGAUUCUGACUUCCAUCGAGACAGGUGGACUGGGCAGCUCUAUACACCACCACCGACCGCCUUCUUAAGUGACACUACACGUAAUAUUGGAACUCGGUUGAAAUUUUCGGUUGUGCACACAAGAUCGAGAUCAUCAGUAUGACAGAUGUCAGAAUGGGUUUGAAACAUGUCAUUUUGCAACGGGUGCAAAAUUUUGAUACGCCCACGGAACAUAAAAGGAUAACCGACUUUAGCAUCAAUCGAAUUCUGGGUGACGGUGAUGGCGACACAGUAUCGAGUGUAGAAGUCUCCGAAAAGGAUAAAAUUACAUCAGCGGGCAUUUUGGAUCUUUCUAAAAAUAGAAGUUCACAGGACUUCCUUAAGUUCCCAUCAUCGAUCAAUAGUAAUGACUUUGAAAGGAUACCAUAUUUCCCAACAAACACUAUGAUCCUGAAUCCUUAUGUGAAUCAUGCAUUGAAUUUUGCACCUCCACCACAUCCUCCACCCAUAGCUCCUCGAAAUCCUGGCUGCUGUAAUGGUGAAGUUAUUCGACCGCGAGUUUGUAAAUAUUUUACUGCAACGUCAACAACAACAAAUAGUGUACCAAACUGUAACGAUUGUGAUAUGUUUUAUAAGAAUUUAAAUUUUCCAAAGUAUCCUUUAUAUCCAAAGGAUAAUAAUUCAGUGGCAAAUGUGUGGUUUGGAGCUGCGGCAGCAGCUCAAUUUGUAAAUUCACAAGAAUUUGCGGAGAAUUUAUUAGUUAAUUCGGUUAGUGUUGUAAAAACUCAAAUGGGUAUUGUUAAUAAUAAUACCGCCGCCGCGGGUACUAUUGGGAAAUUGACACCAUCAUUAGUGAAAGGCGAUAUUCAAGGACGACGAGGCAAUGUUAAGGAUAUCAAUAAUGAAGAUGAAACAAGUUUUAAGUGCUCAAUUUGUGAAAAAGUUUUUGGAUGUGCAGAUACACUACAGUCUCAUGAAAAAACUCACAAAUCGCCACGAUAUGAAUGUCUUGAUUGUGGUAAAGGUUUUUCACAACUGAGAAAUUAUAAAUAUCAUUUAUCAGUUCAUAGAGGAACAAAAGAAUUUGCAGCCGAAUGUCCUGAAUGUGGAAAAACCUUCAACGAUAAAGGAUAUCUGAGCAGUCAUAUGAAAAUUCAUAGAAAUAAAAAAGAAUAUGAAUGUCCCUACUGUCCCAAAUCCUUCAACCAAAGAGUUGCCUUCAAUAUGCAUGUUCGCAUUCAUACAGGAGUUAAGCCACACAAGUGCACAGAAUGUGGUAAACGUUUUUCCAGAAAGAUGCUCCUGAAACAACAUAUGCGAACGCAUAGUGGUGAAAAACCAUAUCAAUGUUCUGUUUGUGGAAAAUCUUUUGCCGAUCGCAGUAAUAUGACACUUCAUCAUCGAUUGCAUUCGGGCAUCAAACCCUUCAACUGUCCCAUCUGUCCGAAAGCCUUCACGAAAAAACAUCAUUUAAAAACCCACCUCAACUACCACACAGGCUGCAAACCAUACAUCUGUCCACAUCCAAAUUGCAAUCAAGCAUUUACCCAAUCGAGUAACAUGCGAACUCAUGCUAAGAAAUGUCAAUUUAAACCAGCUCAUUAUCCUGCUGUCAUCUCAACUCAACUAGCGCCAUCUAUAAGUCCACCAUCAGUACCACCAACACGAAUGAUGCAACAAGCAAUGUUAAUGCAACAAAUACCUUUCCAGUGCUAGCUUAUGAUGCAUAAAUAAAUUCCAAUGAAAGUGUCAAAUAGACAUAAUGUACAUAUUUCAAAAAGCCCGCGUGAUGACAUUUGUGAUUUUAUAAAAAUAUGUAAUUUAAAUAUCUCAGUAAUUAUUUUAUUUUAAUCCUAACAAAUUCAUAAAAGUAUUUAUUAUGUAAUAAGUAUCAAUAAAAGAAAUCACUUUCGAUUUUUAUA